CGCACAGCCUCUUGCUGCAUAUAUAGACGAAGCUGCCGCCUGUGGAUCUCUCUCUCUCUCCUCCAGGAUACAAACAAAAGAAAACCCAUCAGACUUUUACACCUAUAUCGCUCUUCCGCACACAGACCAACACCCCCACAUCCGUGGAUUCUGCCUUUCCAAACCUCACACACACACACACACACACACACACACACACACACACAUCUCUGUGCCUCUCGUUGUCUCUCGCUGUCAGUCCGUCUCCUUCCUUGCAUGCGACCACAUUCCGUCUUCUCCCAGACAGAGGAGCAGUAAAAGGGAUCGGCGGGGGCUCUUGCUGCUUGGCUCCUGCUUUUUUGGCUCGGAGGGGGCAGAGCAGCAGAUGGCAGUGUGAAGACGGGCUCAGCCAGAUUCAACUCUGCGGCACAAUGGCUGACAACGGCUGGUUGCCACAGGACAUAGGAUUCAACUUGAUCAUGUGAUCUGACUGUCUCCCAAGUUCCCUGCCAUCUAUCAUAGGGGGAUCAUGACCCGCCGGCUGAGCAGCUCCACUCGUUCCCCCACAGAGGACUCCAUCUUCCUGAGGCCCGACGAGGAUCCCGUCUGGCUGGACGAGCCCACAAAGGCUGAGAAAACAGGCGACGGAGCUCCUAAAAAAGACAGACUCCCCGAGCGCAAAGAUGGACCCGCGGGGCGCCAAGGCCCACAGGGGGAGGAAGUGUUCAUGCACAAGGUGUACGCACUUCUGAUUGAGUUCCAACGCUGGGCUGCACUGUUUGUCGUCUCCCAAGUCACGGGGUACUGGGUGUUUUUCAUGAUGGAAGGACACGGACCGCUCUCUUCCGUCUACAAAGCCCUGCAGGUCAUUGACUUCUACCUUGGCUUCAUUUUACCCUGCCACCCGAUCCUUGGAAUGGAUUCCAUGGUGCUGAUAAGUGAGGUGUUAAACACCACACAGCAUUACUGGGUCAUUCAGGGCACUGCAGGCACCGGUGUGGCUAUCUGUGUUAGCAUGGUCGUCCACAUGGUGUGUAAGUGGCGUUAUGGCACCGGCUUGUGGUCGUCGGGAACGGUAUCGAGAGAAAUUGGUGAUCGACGUCAGUCAGUGAGCCGCCAGCCCUCCUUCACCCUGUCAGAGUGGACGGACGCUCAGGAGGACCUACUGGACCUCGAGCCCAUCCCCCAGACGCCGGUCUUCGACUUGGGCGGCGACACCAGGACAGAGGGAGAUGCCGCCACCCUCACUGUCACACCUGUGGGGCUUCAGGAGAGGAGGGGCUCCAACGUUUCCCUGACCUUGGAUAUGUGUACACCGGGCUGCACUGAGCCCUACGGCUACGGAGGCCAGCUCUCUCCGAGAGAACAAUCGGCCCAAGAGUAUCUCCGAGAGGGAACGCACAUCCUGAACCCGGCCAUGCUGCACACGCGGGCCAUGGAUGACCAGAGCCUGCAGGCCGAGUUUUAUGAAACUCCCAUGAACUUUGUGGACCCGAAGGAGUACAACUAUCCAGGGCUGGUGAGAAAGAACCGCUACAAAACCAUCUUACCCAACACGCACAGCAGAGUGAUCUUGAAGGCACAGGACGAAGAAGAUUUCCUCUUCAGCUACAUAAAUGCUAAUUAUCUCAACGGAUAUGGGGGUGAGGAGCGUGCAUACAUAGCCACCCAGGGCCCCACUGUGAAUACAGUGGGGGAUUUCUGGAGGAUGGUGUGGCAAGAGAGAAGCCCAAUCAUAGUGAUGAUCACCAACCUGGAGGAGAAGAAUGAGAAAUGUGCAGAGUACUGGCCCGAGGACACUGUGACCCACGAGGGCAUCGAGAUCACCGUCGUCUCGGUAACCCAGGAGGAUGACUACAGUCUGAGGGUGUUUACACUGAAGUGUGGGGAGGAGGAGCGCAGUCUGCGGCAGUACUGGUACACCUCGUGGCCUGACCAGAAGACCCCAGACAAGGCUCCCCCGCUGCUGGAACUGGUACAAGAAGUGGAAAGGGCCCGAGAGGAAGCCCCGCCCUCCAGCGGCCCUAUAAUCGUCCACUGCAGUGCUGGAAUUGGUCGAACCGGCUGCUUCAUCGCCACCUCCGUUCUGUGCAAGCAGCUGAGGAGCGAAGGUGUGGUCGACAUCCUGAGAACCACAUGCCAGCUCCGUCUGGACAGGGGUGGCAUGAUCCAGACGUGUGAGCAGUACCAGUUUGUGCAUCACGUCCUCAGCCUGUACGAGAAGCAGCUGUCUCACACCGCCGAGGAGUAGUAGAGUGAGCGCUACACAGCCAGACCGAGACACACCACUGUACACUGUACCGCCUCUGGGUGGUACGCACCACUGUACCUAUAGCGUCAUCUCAAUCUCACCCUUUAAAACAAGUUCAAACCACGACGAUCUCUUCAUCACCCAAGACUGGCCCACUCAGACAGAAGUGAAUGACUGACAUGAAAUCUGUGCUCAUCGUGCGUCUUUCGAGCAGAGCAAACAUUACGAGGGUGGGGGUUGAGAAAAAAAACCUCCAUAAAAUCCCAAUCACACACACUUAGCGUCUGAGGUUUUCUUUUUUUAAAUCACGUUACUGUCCACGUUUAAUACUAGGUCUGAAAUACCCCCCCUCACGUACUGCAUGCACAGAUAUAAUGAUGGUUAAACUGGAGCUGACGUGUGAUCAGAUGACCUGCAGUGGAAGAGAUUCAAGUUCAGUCCCAAAGUGAGUUACAGUCGAAAAGCUAAAGUGCCAGCACUAACUAAAUACACCGAAAUGAUCAAAUGCCAGCCAAAUAUUUAAUCAUUACAUACGUAUACGUUUCAUAUUGAAUAUAAGUUAUGUGACAUCCCGGCUUUUUUUUUCCCUCACUGACUCUCAUUGCCGCUCACGUGUAAAAAGAAAAUAGAAAACAUUAUAGAUGGCCCUUUUCAACUUUCGAUGCAUUCAGGAGCCGCCUCAUCUUCAGGUUGCAUGGUGCUAAGUGUUUCAUUAAAGGCAUGUGCAAUGUUACGGAACAUAGGAAUGUAUAACAAUUAGGUAAAUUAUCAACUGAUCAGGAUGUCUGUGCAAUCUACAAAUAUUAGUUUUUUAGGUUUUUUUUUACCAUUCUGCCUGUGCAGUCCUCAUGGCCCCCAUGAUGUUUACAGAAAAACUAACUUCUGCGUUUAGGCCAAAUAGAUUCAGAGGCGUCACAGAGCCUGCGACACUGAGGGGCCAGAGGCCAGAAAUAGAAUCAGACCAUCAGAAAAAUCAAUGCAGACCUCUGGAGAAUCUGGUGUAUAUAUACACACACACACACACACACACAAAGGGAAGUGUAAUGCAGAGGAAAAGUAUGUUGCAUUAAAAAACGCACAACAAAUGAAUGAGACAUGCUCACAUACAGCUAAUGUUCUUGUCCCAUUACUACCACAAAGCUUGCCAUGCUCAGAGUUACAUGCUCUGUGACACCCCUGCUUCCAACAGUAGCUUGAACACAUCUGUGACGUGAGAAGCCCAUGAUUGUUGUAUAGACGGGCCAGGCCUCCUCUGUAUGAAGCACAAUAGACCGACUAAGGUUGUGUCUCUCUCUCUCUCUCUCUGAUGUUCAGCUGUAGAAGUUCUUUUUAAUCCGUGUCGUGUUUCGGUUGUGUUGACUUUAAUGGAUUUGCAUGUGCCGUAUGGGACUCCGUAGGUCCACAAUCAAAGCGACGUGAUUGGUUGUCCCGCUUUUUGUCGUGCAAAAGGGUUUUUUGAAAAGCCCGGUAUAUCGCUUGCUCUCGGCCAAUGCUUUUUGAUACAGUUUGCUUUUGUGAAACCAACCAGAGAUAUUUUUAGAACAUUUUGAUACAAUCCUUUCAAGUAGAUGCCUUGUGUAUAUUUCCGUUUACACCAUGAUGGAAUGUAGCUCAUACUGUGGAUCAAACCAUCGGUUUAUAUCGCAAGAUUUGACAGAACAAAAAUGUGACAACUACCUAAGUUACCUUAUACAGUGCAGAGAAUAAACAGAUUGUGUUUAGUCUUCAGUAUUAUUACUUUAUGCCGUUAGGCUUUGCUUUAAUAUGCUUUGCUUCCUGUGUAUGUUAUUAUCGUUUCCUUGGAGAAUUUUUACCUCAAACUGAGUUUUUUUACGCAGUCCCCACUUUAGUCCACCGGGGACUGUAUAGGCCACUCUCAGUUGAAAACACACGACAAAUUGCUAUGUGUAAGGCAGCUAAAACAGUGAAGACAGUUUUCUAUGUAACAAAAAAUCUACUUAUAUCUCGACUUAAUGCAUCAGAUCAACAGUCAUGGACAUUAACAGAGGAAGGAAUUAAUGGUGUGGGCUCGGACCCAUUUAUAAACAUCAACACAACUAGCAAAUUUAACUGCCAAAAUUACCCUUUUUCCAGAAAUAUGGGCCUGAGAUCGAGGAGAAACGCUACAAACUAUCGUCAGACUUUUGACACAAUCCUCUGGUAAUGUCCAGUGACUGUAAAGCUUUUAUUGUUUUUAAGUGCUAACCUGGUCCUCUGAUAAUCAAAAUGGGGAUGACGACCCACAACAAACGGUCAGACAUACAACCAACCAGCAGUCAGUAUUCCUCUCCUCUGCUACAGUAUUGCUUUAAGUUGUGAGUUUUUGCAUCCAAAUAAAGGUAGAUUUUCAUGAA